UAAGAAUUAAAAAGAAAUUAUUAUCAUCAAGUUGGUGGCUGGCUGUGCCAAAUAUAUAUAUAUAUACUCUUCAUUAUCAUCACCUGUGCUGACUUCUCUUGUAUAUAAUGGUCUACUAUUAACUUAAAAAUUAUAGCCAAAAAUUAUGAUUGCAGUCAACUAGAGAGCAAGCAAUACAUGUAUGUUUCUCUGUAUUUUGGGCGCACCUUUCUUUGAUUUUCCAUUUUAGGUCUAAGCUCUCUUCUGCCUUACUCUAUUCCUCUUUUUCCUUUGAAAUAACCGUUUCUAUAAAUACCCUUUUAAUUAUAAACUUCCACAACAUCAAAUUAACUCACCUUCUUAACUUCCCACUACUUGUUCAAUCAUUUAACCACCUUCUUAAUUGUUAGCUUCUUCCCUUCUUUUUUUCUUUUUUCUUUUUUCACUUUAAAAAUUAACAUGGCAACGCCAAUCUUCUUCUUCAUUUUCUUUGCCUUGCACAUGUCCAUCUCCUCGUUUGCCACCACAAGCUACAAUGUGUUAAGUUAUGGAGCAAAACCGAAUGGCUUAACUGAUUCCACUAAGGCCUUCCUCGAUGCUUGGGCUGCUGCCUGUGCCUCUACAGAUUCGACGAUGAUUUAUGUACCUAAAGGAAGGUAUUUGCUUGGGUCUAUGUCCUUCAAAGGUGGCUGCAAAAGCCGUUCUAUCACCAUUCGAAUUGAUGGCACUCUUGUAGCACCAGGGGACUAUCGCAUUCUAGGUAAAGCUAGCAACUGGCUUAGUUUUGAAGGCGUUAGUGGCGUUUCUAUUGUUGGUGGAGCACUUGAUGCUAAAGGAUCAACCUUGUGGGCUUGCAAAGCCAAAGGCACGAACUGCCCUUCUGGAGCUACGACACUGAGCUUUACCAACUCAGACAACAUAAAGAUCAAAGGCUUAUUGUCACUAAACAGCCAAAUGUUCCAUAUCGUAAUUUAUAGAUGUGAAAAUGUGAAUAUUGAAGGGAUCAAAGUGAUAGCUGCUGGAGACAGCCCAAAUACAGAUGGUAUCCAUGUCCAAUUAUCCAACAAUGUUGUGAUCAUGAACUCUGUAAUUAAAACUGGGGAUGACUGCAUCUCCAUUGGCCCUGGCACUAAGAACUUGUGGAUUGAAGGGGUCAGAUGUGGUCCUGGCCAUGGAAUCAGCAUCGGAAGCUUAGCAAAGGACACGGAAGAAGAAGGGGUGCAAAACGUGACAGUUAAAAGGACUAUUUUUGCAGACACCCAAAACGGUUUUAGAAUAAAAUCAUGGGCAAGACAUAGCAAUGGAUUUGUUAAAAGAAUUCGAUUUAUAGGUGCGAUUAUGAGUAAUGUCCAAAACCCAAUUAUCAUCGACCAACACUACUGUCCUCACAACAUAAAUUGUCCCAAUCAGGUAUCAGGUAUAAAAAUCAAUGAUGUGAUAUAUCAAGGCAUUCGAGGAACAUCAGCUACACCGGUUGCUAUAAAGUUUGAUUGCAGCUCCAAAUUUCCAUGCGGUGGAAUCAGGCUACAUAAUGUAAACUUGACCUACUCAAAUCAAGCAGCUCAAACAUUUUGUGUCAAUGUGAUUGGAAAACGAAUCGGCCACGUUCGUCCUGAUGGCUGUUUGUGAAAAGAAAAGAAAACUCAACUUAUGUGUAUUCACAGUUUGUUUGUGUCAAUUUGCCAUCGAAAAAGAUGUAUAAAAUUAAUUUGUAUUCUUUAAUCCAAAAAAUAUUAUAUUCGU